AUGGCGGCCAUUGCUAAGAACAACGCUUUCGGCUAUCACAGCCCAAGCUGGAACCUCCCCUUCCCAAACGGCAAUCUGACCGCCGCCGAGAUCCUGGCCUACCUCCCGCACUGGCUCAAAUCCAUCGAUGUUAUCGACCGUUUCGUGACGCACGGCGCGAAAGCUGGCCAUCUCGCUGCUAUGAUCAACGAGUUCAGAGACCAGCCGCUGGAUCAGGAUUUUCCACCGAAUUCCGCCAUGGUCAUGAUCCAGUACGCCAUGCGACGCGCCGGCUACGACGAUUGGAAAUUCGGUAUGCAUUUGGAAUAUAACAUUGGAAUUCCGAGACCUGAAGACAACCUCAACGUCCACGGUUUCCGUACACCUAACCGGACUCACCCUAAGGACGUGAGGACUGGUACACCUAGACAGGACAAGGUCAACUGGGACUCGUCGCCGUUGGAGUUCAAAGAUCUUGCCCUCCAUGUGAAAGAGCACCCGUGCGGCGAUGACGCACUGGACCUCACUCGCUGUGUGCAAUACGCUGUUGAGCACGAGGAAGAAUCGUGGCUUUUCCCCACCGAUUUCCAGCGCCUCAUCACUCACCUCGGAGGACCGGCCACAGUCACCCACAGUCACUACGAUAGGCAGGUGUUUGCACGUCACAGCAACUACGCCUUUUCACCCGCCAAGUCUACACCCGGUAAAGGCCGCGCUCCGAGAACGCCCAAGACUCCCAAAUCAUCCAAGCUCAACAGCAAGCUUAAAGCAUCGCGCGGUAGCAAGAAGAAACUCUUCGACGACAUCGAGCUGGUCGCCAUGUCACGGUCCGCGACACCACAGAAGCGUACAGCUGAGGGCCUUGGGAAGGUGCUGGAUGGUAGUAAGAGGAGGAGUGGCAGGCUUGUCGGCAAGCAAAUAAACUUUGCUGAAGAGCCUGAAGUUGACGCUGAGGACAAAGACUAUUCCGAUUCGCCCUACGCGACUCCCUCCAAGAAGCGCAAGCUGUCUCGUCUACCGCCGACCCCCAACUCGUCCGCCGACGAUGACGAGUUCGUAGAGGACGAAUCCGAGCCUGACGACGAUAUCCCGGAAGAAGACGCAAGUGAACCUGAGGAGGCCGUUUCGCCCAUCCCCGCUGCACGCGGCCGUCAAGCAGCGCGCAAGGCUCGCUUGAGCAUCAAGGCUGCUUUUGUACCUGAGCGUCGCACUUUGAAGCUCAAAGUCCCUGGAAUCGGACCGUCACCCCAGAAAGUUCGACAGCAGGCAAAGGUACCCUCGUACAUGAUGACCGAGUUCACCCAAGAUGUCAUGGACGCCGCCCGCGAGUACCUCAAGCGCGAGCCCGUUUUCUUCCCCGCUCCCUUGCUCUCAGAGGAUCGCCUCCGCAUCGACGACUACAGCAUUUACCUUUACGCGUCCCCUCCACACACUUCGUUCCCCGAGAUGUACGCGUCCGCCUACGAUUACGCCCGCUUCAACGGUCCUCGUCGCCACGCCCCAUUCCGCGAGCUUCACCUGUUGAGCCAGCCUCACCCGAAGGAUACUAGUGACUGGGCUGAGAAUAUACGCUGGGCUAAGCAGCAGUUUGACUUGUUUGGUAGUGUUUGGACGGAGUAUGACUGGCAUCUUGAGUGUGUCACUGCGCAUAGGUAUGAGAUUGGUUGGGUCAGUGAGGAGGUUAUUAGGGAUGGUAUGUGA